AAAGCAUUGUGUGACACGAGGAUAAGACAGCAGGUGCGAGGUCACCUUCAGUUUCAACAAGCAGAAAGAUUUGACGGAGUAGGGCGGUAGAAAAACUUCUGAGGUAAUACAAAACUGAUUACAAUAAAUGCGCGAUUGGAAAGAACAACGAGUAUUUUCAUCGGAAUCCAUUAACUUUUUCCACAACUUUAAAGAGAUUAUAUUUUUUUGCAGAUUGUGCAACAAAAGGAAGAGAAAGUGAAAUUAAACCAUUGCAUGUAAGAAGCCGUUACAGGGUGCAAGGCUGAGGAAAAGAUCAUACUGAAAUGGCUUCCAACUUGUCUCUUCCAGAAGAAGACUUAACCUGUUCCGUGUGCAUGGACAUCUUCACAGACCCCAUGGUACUAAAAUGCAGCCACAGCUUCUGUAACGCCUGUCUGCACAAGUGUUGGGAGGAGAAAGAGGCAAGAGAAUGUCCGAUUUGUAGAGUGAAAACAACAGAGGACCCGACUUGUAAUCGGGCCUUGAAGAACCUGUGUGAGACCUUUUUGAAACUCAAGAUUGAGAAACCAGCUUCUACAUCCGAAUCACUCUGCAGUAUCCACGGCGAGAGACUCAAGCUCUUCUGCCUUAACGACGAGGAGCUGAUCUGCCUCAUCUGUCAAACUUCAGAGAAGCACGAAAACCAUAAAUUGCGACCCGUACAGGAAGCGGUGUUGAAGAAUAAGGAGGAAAUUGAUGGCGCUCUGCGAGUUCUGCAGAAGAAGCUGGACACCUUAAAUGAAGAGAAACAGAAGAGCAACCAAGAAGCAGAUUUCAUCAAGAGCCAGGCUGAAUGCACAGUGAUACAAAUACAAAAGGAGUUUGAGAUACUUCACCAGUUUCUGAGAGACAACGAGGCGGCCAGGAUUGCUGUGCUGAGGGAGGAAGAGGAGCAGAAGAGCCAGAGGAUGAAGGAGAGGGUUGAAGAUAUGACAAAAGAGAUUUCAUCCCUGACAGAAGCGAUCAGAGCCUUAGAGCAGGAGAUGAGGGCUGAUGAUAUCUCUUUCCUGCAGAAGUACAAGGUCACAAAGAGAAGAGCCCAGUACAAAGUGUCUGAUCCAGAGAAGGUGUCAGGAGAGCGUAUUGAUGUGGCCAAACACCUGGGCAACCUGAAGUACAGGGUGUGGGAGAGGAUGCAGGGGAUUGUUCAGUACACACCUGUCAUUCUAGAUCCAAACUCCAAAGGAGACAAUCUCAUUGUGUCUGAGGAUCUGACCAGCCUGAGAUGCAGUGGGGAGCCAGAGCUGAGUUCGGAUGACGAUGAUGAUGAUGAUGAUGACAGUGACAGUGAUGACGAUGACAGUGAUGAUGAUGACGGUGAUGAUGAUAUGCUCAAAUUGUGUGUGUUGGGAUCAGAAGGCUUUUUCUCAGGGAAACACUGCUGGGAUGUAGAUGUUGGGGAUAAUCCUAUGUGGGCUCUUGGUGCGGCUGAGAAUUCAUUUAAUGAAGGGGAGCCUGAUUUGGGGGAAAGGUGGGUUAUAGGCUAUGGUGAUGGGGAAUAUAGAGUAUUAAGCAGUGCAGGGAAGACUACAGAUAUUAAGCUGAAUGUUAGGAGGGGAGUGAAGAGGGUCAGAGUGCAGCUGGACUGGGACAGGGGGAGGUUGUGCUUCUCUGACCCCACUAACAAUGCGUCUCUGCACACUUUCAAACACAAAUUCACUAAGAGGCUUUUUCCCCUGUUUUUUGCUGCCUCCGAUUCUGUUCCUCUGAGAAUCUGCCCACAGAAGGUUUCUGUCACAGUGGGAUAGCGGUGCUCUGAUGGGGACACUGAUCAUACUGCAAACAAGGGGGGGGGGGGGGGGGGUGAUCUCAGUGUCUGUGAUUACUGUAGUUUAAAUUAACUACCAUAUUCAAAAACAACGCAAAUCAGGAAAUGUACAGAUGUGUGUGCCUGUACAUGGGAAUAUGUCGCGCUAAACUUUGUCAUAAUGUUAAGAAAUGUAUUCUUAAUUCUAAUAUAACAUAAAUUUCAAAUAUAAAUAUUGAAAUAAUUCAAAUAUAGUAUUAAAAAAAUGUAAUUAUAUUUUGACAUCAACUGAGCGAAAGAAUCAGGAUUUUAUUUUAUAAGUUUGCUCUUGAAAUCUAUAUCAUUUUACCCAUCGCAGUGAGUCAAACACAGCUCAUGCUGGCCCUUUGUUUGAAAGACUCCUCUCUAAUUACUAAUUAGUCCCAAUCCACCUUCUAAUUACUCUGUUCUGAGUUAUGCAUAACUAUGAGCGUCCCUGACGUAAGGGCCAAUCCCAGACGAGGGCAGGCAUCGAGGCGAUGGGGAGCGUAAAAUGCAGCAGAUGUGUGGGACACACUUGUGGUCUGUUCCAGUGACCCUGAUCACAGUUUACUAAAAAUGAAUUAUUAUCACAAAUAAAUCAUCACCACUUUCAGGAAUAUCAGUUAACAGUUGAGCAAGUGGGCUCCUUUGAGCAGCCACAUUUUCAUUAUGAGUAAUAUUUUGAUUGGUAUUAUCGGUACACUUUAAUCGAUGGAAUUUGCAUUAGUUGAGGCGACACUUGUUUCCCAACAAAACAAUACGGUGAUGACCAUGAUAGCUGUCUUUCGAAAAGGUAUGAUAUUUGCACGUGGUUAACUCUGCUAUGAUUUGUGCUAUCCUCACAAAAGAACAGAGCCUUAACAUAUACCAGACCAUGGGGCCCAUCCACACACUGGAGCAGAGCCUUAACAGAUACCAGACCAUGGGGCCCAUCCACACACUGGAACAGAGCCUUAACAGAUACCAGACCAUGGGCCCGUC